AUGGAAGGAAAGCAUCUCUCAGCCAAAUAUUUUUCUCAGUGCUGCUUACUCAACAUGAUAUUAAACGUAAUCAUUUUUGCUGACGAAACUUGAAAAAAAAAAAUUUUUUUCUAAAAAAGACUUCAUAUGUUUAAUAUUUUUCUGAUGAUUUUAAAAAAAAAUGUACUCGUUGGGGGUUUUUUCGUCUUACCCAUUUUUGCGUUGCAGAUAUCAGCUUUAGCAGUCCCUCAAUGAUUUUAUUACUGCUAUUUUGAUUGGGGCUUGGUAACUCUAUCCACAAGCAAAAGCGAUUUAAAAGCAAUAAUAAAUAGUGAUGAUAGUUAUGGAAAUGCCAAUAAUAAGUUAUGUGAAGAUUUUAAGCCGAUAAUUGAUGCAGCCUGUAAAGGUUUUUGUGGAGACCUUGACAGGAUUAGAGCAGCAGGGAUUAUUAUGAUGAUAUUUAUGAUACUUACUCCUCCCUUUUUAAAUUGGAACAAAUAAUCCUGUUCCAAUUAAAGGGGGAUUAUUUUUUUAUAUUAAAAAUAGGUCAAAACAAUUUUAUAAAACUUAGGAUUUUCCAUCGUUAAAUUUUUCCUAUUGAAAACAAAUUUGUUCAAAUUUAAAGGGGAAAGUACCCAAAAAAUGCAAUUUACCCAUGUUUUGUUCUAAUUUAAAUGGGGAGUUAGUAUGAUUCCUGCUGUUAUGUAUUUUAUAGUGCAUCUUUGGCUAUUUAGAGACAAAACGAUAGAACACUGGAGCGUUUAUUAUGGAAUUUGGGUGCAGCCUUUGCUUUACCUAAUUGGGAUCACAAUUUAUUUAGCUGUUGCAGAUGUAUAUGGAAUCGAUGAUACUUGGAAAGAUAGUGAAAACGUGUCUACAGGUCCUGGGCUUUCUAUUGGCUACUCAUUGAUUAUUCUUCAGUUUAUUUCUGCAUUAAUUUCUUAUAAUGUAACAAUCAGAAAUAAAUCUUAA